AUGCGCAUUUUUCCAGAUCACCCAUCGGGAACCCGUAUAAUUUUGCCACGUGGCCUGACGGCCUGUAUCAGCCCGAUUUCGGUGGCCCGAGAUCCACGUCAUUGGCCGCGGCCCGAUGAUUUCGAUCCGGAAAAUUUCGAGUUGGAUGCGAUUUCGCGCCGAGACCCAUUCUCGUAUAUUCCAUUCGCUGCGGGACCCCGAAAUUGUAUUGGACAAAAAUUUGCGAUUUUGGAGGAGAAGACUGUGUUGAGCUGGAUUUUUAGGUGGGAUUUUGGGGGCUUCUGGGCCGAUUUUAGGUUUUCCAGGCCGAAAAUUUGGAUUUCUAGGCCAUUUUUAAGCUUCUGAGCUCAAAAUUUGGAUUUCUAGGCCAUUUUUGCUGAAAUUCUUGAAAAAUUCGAUAUUUUCAGUCAAAAAUCUCGAAUUUUUCCAGAAAAUUCCACGUGGAAAGUUUGGACACGUUGCGAAAUCGUCGACCGAUUCCAGAGCUGAUUUUGAGACCUGUCGAUGGAAUUCAUGUGAAAUUGAAGCGCAGAUUUUGA